GAGACUCUCUGCCUUCUUUCUGGAACAAAGUAAAUUCCUGGUCUACGUGCUUAUGCAGAAAUGUUAGUAACAGCGAUCUCCGUGUAUCCCAAAGGUUCAAAACCCAGAAGACAAAUUACAAAGAAGCUAAAAUGAAUUACCGUAACGACUACUGUUAAUUAGAGCUCAUGACUUUUUUGUGUCCUUUUUGUGAAGGCUGGGCGGGGCUUGCCAACCAACCCUGGUCACUAGCCGCUUUUGGAUUAGGGGAUGCCAGCAGCCCGCACAGGAACUGCGGCAGCACGAGCGCGCCUUGCGAACGCAGCGCAUGGCACUAACCGCUUCCCUUCGCAGCAGCCCUCUUGUUUUGCCGUAACACAAGAUGGCCGCUCCCUGUGCUAAUCCAAGAUGGCGCCCCGAAACAUUCUGUACGGACAGCCUCAGUCGCCUUCCUAUACCUUGUCACCAGCGGGAACGUCGAAACUGACGUAAAGGACCCCUUGGGCCCCUCCCUCUUACUCCAGCCAUGUUUACAGAUCCCGCCCCUUACCGGAAGUUAUUGUUACCUCAUAGGUCAUCACAAGACUCCAAUUCCCAGCAAGCCCCGCGCUUUGAGCUUCUAUUGGCUGGGAGAGGCAGGAAGUGACCGGGCUACGGAAGCUUAACCCUUCAAGAGAUCCCAAGAUGGAAGAGACUGAAGAAUCCAGUCCACCUGAAGAAUUGCUCCAUGGCUUAAAGCUUUCUGAUCAGAAGUCAUCAGAGAGCAAUGGUCCUUUGACAGCUGGUUCCAAAGAUGCACAUAAUCCACGAAGCCUGGACAGGGGAGAUCUACAUUCCUCUGCCCAAGAGCCUAGAGCAGCAGAUGAGUGUUUUCAUGACUGUAAUGACUCCUUUGAGGUAAAGGAACCAGGAAUGGAACAGGAGAGAGACAACAGAGAGGAUCCUGCAGGGAAGCAGACAGAAUUAGAUGAAGAAUACUUAUUGGAACUGGAAAAAAAUAUGCCAGAGGAAGAAAAACAGAAAAGAAGAAAGGAGAGCACAAAGUUAAAGGAGAAAGGAAACGAGCAGUUUAAGAAAGGAGAAUAUGGGGAAGCAGAAGACUCCUAUACAAAAGCUGUACAGGUUUGCCCAGCCUGCUACCAGAAAGACAGGUCUGUUUUGUUUUCAAACAGAGCUGCUGCAAGAAUGAAACAGGACAAGACAGAAGCUGCCCUAAGUGACUGCAGCAAAGCAAUCGAACUAGAUCCUAACUAUAUCAGGGCUCUGCUGAGGAGAGCAGAACUAUAUGAAAAAACAGAAAAACUAGAUGAAGCUCUGGAGGAUUAUAAAACAGUCCUAGAAAAAGAUCCAUCAGUACAUCACGCGAGAGAAGCUUGCAUGCGAUUACCUAGACAGAUUGAAGAGCGGAAUGAAAGAUUAAAGACAGAAAUGUUAGGUAAGCUGAAAGAUCUUGGGAACUUGGUUCUUCGACCCUUUGGCCUGUCGACAGAAAAUUUCCAGGUCAAACAGGAUUCCUCAACUGGCUCAUACUCCAUCAACUUUGUUCAAAAUCCAAACAAUAACAACAGAUAGCAUGAGCUAGGCCUGCUCCUAUUAAAAAGCUGGCUUUCAAGCUUUGUGACACCAUGCUUGCAACUACCAAUAAAAGGGUUCAGCAAUCA